CGAGAGCACAAGUUUGAUAACCUCUUGGCCGUUUUGUUCUUGUCAUUCUCUCGCGUACUCGAACUAAGUCAGUUGCGUUGAAGCCCUUGCCGAAAGAUGAACUUGGCUGUAAUUACUGGACUUUUGCUGGCUGUUUUGACGGUGCAAUUCGUUCAAGGAGAUGAAAGAAUACACUUUCCGCAAGAUGAGCCGGAAAGGACUUUUGAUCAGCCCAGACCCACCGUAAAUCCCGUUCGAAGAGUUUCAAACUGUGAAACGCCAACUACGAAAAAGAAAGUUCUCGUGUUCGACUCCGAAAUGGAUUCCUGGAGUGAUUCAGAUCUAAUAAGUCCAACGAAUAAUGGGGCACCUUGUACUGAUCACGGGACCAGUAUCAGCACGGCCAACGAGGGCCUUAAGCCUGCAGUUCAGGAAGCUCGACCACCGCGAUGCGAUCCUCCAAAACAGAUUCUGGUGUACGAUUCGGAUACCGAUUCCUGGGAGGAAGCCUUGUUGAAGAAUUGCUAGUUUCUUUGGCUAGUAGUUGAAGUGACUUGUGAAGAACUAAGUACUAAGUUUUACAGAAAAAAAAACUGAUGGCAGGUUCAAAGUGUCAGUUAUGUUAUGAACUUCCGAAGGCAAUCACGUUUGUAAAUUGAUAGUGUAUAAUAAACAGCGCAAUCCUCAUAGUUGGGAAUUCCCAAAUAAAAUCUGUGAGACUGACGAUCAUCGAGGUUAUUCUUAUUGAAUUAUAAAUUACUCAAUUAUAAAGAUUGUGACGAAAGAAGUGUUUGCCUUCCCCAGUUCAGUAAGGCUGUAGGUAAUCCUGCUCUAAAAAUCAAUAUUAAGUGAUUUAACCAUUUUAACCGACUUUGAAGCAAGGGUCCUGAUUUUCGUUUCAAAGAUCAGAAAUCACUCACUCAUCGCCGAACGAAUCUUUGCCGACAGGAGCGCACAACCGUUCGCGAGCGAACACUACUCUCAGGCUGCCAGCGACUUGCUUAAUCGCUUCACCCAGCGAUACAAAUACUUCGUGAAUUUCUGUGCCUACUCCAUCCGUCGACCCGAGUCACACACGAAUACGUUCAGAGAGGAGAUAAUCUAACAACAUACCAGCUCGGUGCUCUUUUGGCCUGCACUACCACAGUUUGCCGUUAAUUUAUAUUUGAUAUCGUGGAAAUUGCUGUCAAAUGUGU